AUUUCUUUGCGCAUGUGCAGCAGUACUUCCUUUUUCCGGUGAAUUUUGCAGGAUUUCACGUAAACAACAGAGGGUUGUGGAAAUCCUAAUCAUCUGCAAUCAUGAUUGUCUUCAAGGAUAGAAUUACUGGUGAUGAGUUGUUCAGUGACUCUUUUAAAAUGAGCGAGGUAUUUGAUGGCCUGAUGUACAAGGUUCAUUGUUGUAUGACAGUAAAAAGUGGAGAUGCUCUUGAUCCCUCAGCCUUCGGAUUAAACCCGUCAGCAGAAGAACAAGAGGAACAAGUGGACGAUUGUGGGCAGGAAAAGGGUCUAGACAUCUGUUUAUUUCACAAAGUUGAGGAAUGCCCAGCUAUUGAUUCAAAGAAGUCCGUUAGCAGCUACCUGAAGAAAUACUUGAAAAAUUUGGCCAAGCAUUUGCAAAGUGACGAGUGCCUCAAGGAUGCACUUGCCUCUUUCAAAAAAAACUUUCAAAACCCAAAGGAUGUCAUGGAGAAAUUUUCUGACUUGUUCGAUGACAACAGUUCUUUUUAUUUCGGGGAACAUUUUGACCCAGGAGAGAACAACUCUGCACCAAUGAUUGGCAAGUGGGAUGAAGAUGGUAUGGGCCUUGACAUGUACAUAUUAAAGGACUCCUUGGAGGAGGAGAAAUGUUAAACAAUGAAGACAACUAAGAAAUUACAUCGUCUUACAUCAUCAUGUGAUGGAAAACAACAUUAAGUCAUUAUAUUGAAUUAUCUGCGCAAGUUCACCGAGGUACCAGACUUCGCUUAUGCUGUGAAAAAUAAGACCUUCACCCCUUAUAAGUGCAUAAGUUGUGUUUGGUAUGCAGAGGGCAAACAUUCUAGGAUCAAGAUGUUUAAAAGCAUAAGACCUAUUAUGUUGUGUUUUUUUCAAAAAUAGAGAGUUUUCAGUGCUAUAAAACAUCGUUUUGCUUAUAUAGAAAUACUUUACCUCUUUUAAAUGUUUCUGUGCAAUUAGUUUACAGUGAAAUAUAAUAGUACAAUUUUUACCAUUUAUGAGAUGCCCUUCUGCUGACAUUUUGAAGGUAAAUAUUUAUUAUUCCCGUCUGUGUUAUUAUUCAUAAAUGUCAUUACUAAAAAGAAAGUGAAAAUCAGAAAUGUUUGUGUUAUUCCUAUACUAUUUUUUGUCUGCGCUUAAUUUGAUGCUUGCUGUUGUUAGACAUUAUUGGUUCAUCUUGUCAAUUUGUUGAACGAUCGCUUUAUAUUCAUAGUAACGCUUUAGUAAAAAGUUUAAUUUAUUAAAGUUCUCCUGGGGCAAGCGGC